AUGGCUUACGAGCCACGUGGUGAGCAUCGGGGAGGCGGCGACCAAGAUGGCUCAUUUGUGAAGGUUCGGGGUCGAAGACCUGUUACCGAUUACAGCUCCACAGUCACACACUGGCUGCGGAAUAGAGUCCCCAACUACAAGGGCUCAUAUGAUGGCGAAGCUGAACGGCCAAGCGCGAGCUACAUCGUGGAUAUGCUUCCACCUGCUGCACGGCCAACAAAUGCCGCGGACACAAUACCCACCAAACAUCUCCAUUCGUCACUAAACAAGAUCAAGCAUCCCAUCAAUGUCGUUCGAUGGACCCCAGAAGGCCGCAGAUUAUUAACAGCCUCGACAAGCGGCGAGUUCACCCUCUGGAAUGGCACGGGGUUCAACUUUGAAACCAUCAUGCAGGCUCAUGACUCUGCAAUUCGGGCUUUAGAGUAUUCCCACAGCGAUGACUGGUUGAUAUCCGGCGACCACGACGGUCUCAUCAAGUACUGGCAACCAAACUUCAACAAUGUCCAAAGCAUAAACGCGCACUCAGAUCCAAUUCGAGACCUGGCAUUCAGCCCCAACGACGCCAAGUUCGUCAGUGCCUCUGACGAUUCAACGCUCAAGAUUUUCGACUUUGCCCUCGGUCAGAUGGAAUCAAAGCUCGAAGGACACGGCUGGGAUGCCAAGAGCGUGGACUGGCACCCCACCAAGGGGUUGCUGGUAUCCGGAUCAAAAGACCACUUGGUGAAGCUGUGGGAUCCCCGGACAACUCGCUGCCUCACCACUCUCCACGGACACAAAAGCACAAUCACUAAAGUCAUGUUUGAGCGAGUCCGCGGAGCCUGCCUCGCCACAUCCGCACGCGACCAGACCGCGCGUGUGUUCGACCUCCGAAUGAUGCGAGAUAUCUGCCUCCUCAAGGGCCACGAAAAGGACAUCUCGACACUGACCUUCCACCCCGUCCACGCCAACCUCCUCACCACAGGAGGAAUGGACGGCUCCCUCUUCCACUACCUCCUUGACUCUCCCAACCCACCCGCCGGUCAACCCCUGACCGUCGCCCCCUACGACAGCAUGGAUCCGACUACCACACCAGCCCAGUCCGUCUGGCCGAUGCACAGAGUCCCCUUUGCGCACGACUACGCCAUCUGGUCGCUGGACUGGCACCCGCUCGGCCACGUCCUCGCAUCCGGCUCCAACGACCGCAUCACACGCUUCUGGACGCGCGCAAGACCAGGCGACGCAGACGUCCUCCAGGACAGAUACCAUAUUGGCGAAGCCGCCGCCGAAGCCCAAGGCACAUGGGACCGUCGCGGAAACCGUCGCCAGCGUCAAGAAGAAGAACAGCAAGAAAUGGAAGAUGAAAUGGACGCCCUGGUCGACCAAGACGCGCCUAAACUCCCCGCGCCGCCUGGCCUCCCUGGUAUUCCUGGCCUUCCUCUCGGCGGUGGCUCAGGACCACCCGGUCUCACGGCAGGCCUCCCUCCUCCUCCGCCCCUCAACAUGGGAGCAAACAUGAACGGUCCUCCGCCGCCUCCCUUCCCAUUACCAGGACUAAACGGCGCUCCUCCUCCACCUCUACCGGGCCUGGAUCCCAACCAUCCCCCUGACCCGGCGCAGCUGCUCGAACUGAUGAAGAAGGCGGGCGUGCCGCUCCCACCACCUGGUGCUUUACCGCCCGGCCUCAUCCCACCGAUGGGAAACGUCCCUCCCCCAGGAAACUUUCCGUUCCCUGUCCCCCCACCACCUUUGCACGCAGAUGAUGACAAGGAUUCGAGACGGCGGGCUCCCCUGCCGAGCCAGGAGGAGAGUUUACGACAGGAACAGCGACAGGGGAAGUAUACUAGGGCGCGGUAG